AUGACGGUGCGGAUCGCGCAACCAGACGCUGAUCAUAUGCAGGAUUACCUCAUCAACUGGAACGCCGGGCCUUUGGGCGUAGUGCUGCGACCCGAUUUGGGCGUCGACAUGCCCCCUGUCGUGUCGCAGUUGCUGCCACAGCCUUCCUUGCUCAAGAUGGCAGGUGUACGAGAGGGGGAUUUGCUUAUUAGCGUCGAUGGCAAGAAAACGACACGUCUUGGGUACGAGAAAGUUGUACGUCUGCUCUUUCAGGAGCGACUGCCUAUGGUGCUGCAUUUCCGCUCACCGCUACAAGAGCGACCGCGUGGUGUCUCAAGGGCUGUAGCUGAGGACCCCGUGCGUUCUCGUGCUCGUACCACCAGUUCUGCGCGCUCUCAGACGUUGCCCAGUCGACCACGUGGUCGCUCUGACGUGAUGCAGCAGAUUGAACAGAAACGGAAAUCAAACGAGCAAAACUUGAGCAUUGAAAGCAACGGGUCGUCGACAUUGACGAAGAGCAAAAAGAAAACGAGUAAACAACCGAAACACGGAGUCAAGACGGAAGCAGAAGAAAAACGGUUACGCAAACAAUACAGCGUUGUAUGGGAACGUGGCUCUUUGGGCAUUUCGUUCCGUGCCUACAGCUCCAAGGUAAAUGUCCCAUGUGUGGACUUUAUUAGUGCCAAUCGAGGUCAAGGACGUGGAAUGGAUCUUGUCUGUGUCAAUGACGUGCUUAUUGCUAUUAACGGGGAAAAAACCAAAGCACUUGGCGUCGAGAAGGUGCUGAGAUGGCUACAUGUCGUGGAAAAGCCAGUGGUUCUAAGGUUCCAUGCAUCUUCGAACCGGGUAACGGAUCCAGUGGGAGAAUUGCUGCCACAUUUAGCAGAUGAAGAAGAUACUUCGGCACGUAUAAGACGACCGACAAUGCCACAAACUCAACCCGAGUUUGAACCGAUGCCACGGCCACCGCGUCGUAAUAAUAGUGUAGAUCAAGGCAUGCGGAGGAUGGAACGAGGUAAUGUGAAUGACAGGGAGAACAAACUACAUUUGCCAGUGUCGCAACAUUUUUCGAGAGACAGAGCCACGUACAAGCAGCAGAGUAACGAACAGGAGUUAUCGUAUCAAUUUGGAGGAUCCAAUAGUAAAGUAAAAGAGCGACGCUACACGACCAGCUCGAUGAAUGUCUACGCACGAGGUCGAGUUCGGUCGUAUGGAGAUGGCGCAACGGGAGAUUUCUGUCGUGAGCUGCCGACGAGCGUAGACGAACCCAUCAGCAUCUCACACCGUCGUCAACAGCAUAAGGACUCUUCUCGCUUCAACCAGCUGGAUCAGGGCCAAUUGUUAUCCGUGAAAUCGGCUUCAUGUGACGAUUUUCGACGUCAGUUUCAGUUGAAAAGCAAGUCUUCACAACCACAAAUCACGGCAUCUGCGCGCCCACGAGUAGUGUCACGUGAUAGCCAAGUCAGCAACAUGUCUCGAUUGAGUUUUGAUGAGGCCGCUGAUGUUGUCGCCCGAGCUACAGGGCGGCCCGUGGAAGAAUGCGAGUUUGGGGGAAUACCAGUGCUUGAUAUAAGGGAAGGAACAGUCCAGUCAAAGCUGAUGUAUAUUUACGCAAAGGCAUGCUUGGCGAAGCAGGUCGACAAAUCUACAUCAAAAGAAUUUCAGCCGGCUCACGCUCCUGGUCAUCCUCUAGGUCGAAAGACGCAUUCCAAAUAUUUGUCGUACACUAUUUUUCAGGACGAUGCUGUGGCUUCGAACCACGCACCUAGUCCAGGGAACGGCUGCACCAGCAACGAAAGUGUGGUAGAGCAGGAGGAAGAGUACAAAGUCGAAGAUAUUAACAAUAGCGUUGAAACCAAGAUUGCAGAUGUGCCCGAACACAGAUCGGAUGAGAGGUUUGCAAAGAUGCAAGAAGACAUUUCCAUCCCGCCGCCGUCGGUUGCUACUCAGUAUGUAUCUUUGGUGGGCCCUGCUUCUUUGGUCAGCAGUGAUACCACCUCCGAUGUGCUUCCUGCCCCAGAACCCGUGACUGACGAUUUCAUUUCACUAAAGGAUUUUGUCGUGGAGGGCGGAAAUCUGACCGAGCGUUGUACUACGGCGAGUCUUAACAGCACUGCGACGCCGGCGCAAUUAAUGGAUGGUUGUGAUGAGAGCGAGAAGGCACUGGAGGAUGAAGCAGAUCUCAUCAAUACAAAUGAAGAGGUUAUUGUGGAAACUACCGGUGAAGCUAGCGGUGAAGCUGUAGGAGAUAAUAUGGAGUUGGCAGAGCCGAAGGAGGCUAGUUGUGAUGACAGCAAACGAGUAGACCCAGUUAUGGAUGAGAACCAGGAGGUGGAGAAACCUAAGAUGAUGGUUGUGUUGGAAGAAGAGUGCUCCUAUACGAACAAGUACGAGCACGCUGACGAUCACAUGGAUGCAGAAGUCGAGAAUGCUGAGGAGGAUGAUGGCGUUGCCGGUACUGACAGCAUCAAUGAGCGAGACUUGGCUGUGCAUGUAGAGAAUCUUCCGGCGAUCAACAAUACAAAUGAAGAGGCUAGCGGUGAAGUUAGCGGUGAAGCUAGCGGUGAAGCUAGCGGUGAAGCUGUAGGAGAUAAUAUGGAGUUGGUAGAGCCAAAGGAGGCUACUUGUGAUGACAGCAAACGAGUAGACCCAGUUAUGGAUGAGAACCAGGAGGUGGAGAAACCUAAGAUGAUGGUUGUGUUGGAAGAAGAGUGCUCCUAUAAGAACGAGCACGAGCACGCUGACGAUCACAUGGAUGCAGAAGUCGAGAAUGCUGAUGAGGAUGAUGGCGUUGCCGGUAUUGACAGCAUCAGUGAGCGAGACUUGGCUGCAAGCGUGGCUUCUCUUGACGAUCUGCUUGAUUUUCCAUUUAAAAAUGGCAACCACGAUAAAGAAGAGUCUGACGAGUUUGCUGGCGGUGAUGACGAUGAGGAGAAGAACGAGGAGAUAAUCGCAGAUGAUAAGAAAAAUAUGGACACGUCGUUGGGUAUGAAGUUAGACCAGGUCCAAGAGGAGGAGGUUGGCGAUACGGAUGACCACGGAGACCAAAAUUUUCAUGAGGAGCAUCAGCAUGACAAGGAGAACGAAGAGGUCGAAGAAAAAGAAGAAUACGACGAAAUUGAGGAUGGCGCAUUGUCCAACCCGCUUGUGAACGAACGCUUCCGUAAUAUCCCGGAUAUUUGGGAGGUCAUCAAGGACAAACCUGUGCUUGUGGUGCUGAUAAAAGAAAGCAUGCUUGACGAGAUCCAGGAGAUCCUUCAAAGUCUGCAAAUGGAGUUACACUUUGAGCGUCACUCCACCACGGCAGUUGGCUCAAGUCCGCUGCGUCUUUCGCAGCUAGAUCGUGAUACUGAGGGCCAGCACUGCUACCGUUGUGGAGCCACUGGUGAGCUCGCGGAGCUAAACGUUGCGAGUGAACAGAGUGAGCUAUACUGCCAAGAGUGCUGGGAGCUGUUUUUCUUCAGCGAGGACUGCCAAUCACCCGUGAUAAGAACCAGCAAGACCCUAGCGCCGUCAGAGCUUGGUCGACUUACCACCGAAGAGGAUGCACUAGACGAAGCACUCAAGUACAGUUUCCACGACAGCUCCGUUACACGUGAGGACAUAGCCCACCCAUGGCGAUACCUGCAAGGCAGUAGCUCCACGUCGUCAUCUAUGUGUGACUCUAACGCCUCGAGUAUGACAGAACAGGAAGACGAAGUCUGGCUUUAG